UAAAUUCAGUUCCUGUAAAUACAUGGAACAAGUAUGGGUGGAAAUAAGUUGAAGAGUUAGGGAAAAGAAAAUCACUUCUCAUCCUAUAUACAGUCUCAGGAAUAACAUUCAUUUGGUUGGAUAUGAGAUGAUCUUUACUGGAAUGAGCAAUGUUUCUUUUCCUGUAAAUGGCAUUGGAAAAGACGACAUUUUUAAGCAACAAGACCGCUGCUCCUGGACUCAUUUGGGCUUUCUGAUGUUUUGAAGCACAGAAUACUUCCACAAUAUGAUUUGAGAAGUCACCAAAAAAGUCAAUAAAAUGUGAGCAAUAUGAUUGAAGAGAAAUGAAGCCAUGGAAAAUGGAACUGAGAACACAAAGACACCGGACUGCAUUGUGAACAGUUCCAUUAAGAAGUCUUCUGACGUCUACUACAUUGCAGGGAACAGAAACAAGAUGAAGUUCUGUGAAUCCAAUCCCUACCAGAUGAAAUUCAGUGACAGUGAUGGCAGCAGUGAGACAGAGGAACAAACCCGAGUGGUUACCUUCUUUAGUUCCCUUUUUAAAAAAACAAGAGCCUUUGGAUCUAGAAAAAGGCCACAUUCAUUGAUUGCUUUCAGAGAAAGCUCCAAACAGAAAACAAAGUUAUCCUUCCUGGACAGGCUGAAAUCAUUCAAAAGGCUUAAGUCAAUGGAACUCUUCAGGCUCCAAUUCACGAGAAACUUAAGACGAAAGACCUCUAAAAUCUGGAGUAGAGAGAAGAGAGGCGUGCCAAAUGGUUCCUCAGCAUGCAAGCAAACAUUAGAUGAAGGAACUUUUAGACAUACCUAUGCAGGGGAUCUGCAAGAUUUUGACACAGCUGGAGACUCAAACCUAAUUACUUGUGCUCUAGAAAAUAUUAGCAUUGAAGAUGAACAGCCAGUUAACAAGAGUUGGAAGAAUAUACAACAAUACUUCAAAAGUUCAAAUAGAAAAACAUUUGACCCAAAUGUAGCAAGUUGUUACAAUACAAUAACUAUCUUCCCAGAGGAUACAAGAAAUAAAUAUACAAAAAUCUCACAAGAAUAUAAAGGGAGCAGAAGAAAUGAUGUUUUAAAUUACCUGAAAAGGAUGUCAGGUAAAAAGAAACUUACGGAGAAGAAUGCAGGCCACAAUUGCCAAAACUCAGACGGACUAGUAGACUCGGUGUCUAUCAAACAAGAAUAUGACCAAAGCUAUUCAGAAAAAUCAAGCAGGAUAAGAGAUAGGAAGCACUUGUUGAAAGCCAUUGAUUUCAGCAAAGUCAUUAAAGUAAUCAACAGAGAAAGUAAACAGAACAAUUUUAUUGACACCUACACACAGUUUGAGGAGACCCCUCAGCCCAGUCCCAGCAAUCGUAACCGACACCUUCCCCCUAUCCCGAUUAUUCCAGAGACUGAAAACGGGAAAGCUAUCUCACUGUCACAGUCUUCUCUCACCCCAGACUCUGGAUUGUGUAACUCCCUGAGCCAAUCCAGCCUGUCAGAAAGUCUACAGCUGCAUGAAAUAACAAGGGCUGAAAUUUCUGUGCAGAGAUGCAAUUCCGAACUGCUUGAUUCCUUCACACCUAUUUCCUCCCUAUGCGAUGAGUGGAAGAUCCCAGAGGUAGCGCCUAUUUGUCAAGCUACGUCCGAUGGUAUCCACUGUCAAGAGGGUCCAGAGCUCCAGAGUGUACCUGCUGAACCAAAGACGGAGAUUCAGUCAAAGGAUGUUUCUGCAAAGGAGAAAGCUGAUGGGCUGUCUCAUGAUGAAGAAGCCAGAGAAUCAGAAGAAACAAAGAGUAACCAAACAAAUGCAGACUGUGGAAAGUUGCCACGCCCUGUGUCAGAUUGUGGUCUUCUUAGUGACUGGCAAAGCAUAAUCUUAAAUGAUGGCUCGCCUAACGUAGCAGAAUUCAGCAUGAAACCUAAAGUGCCGGCAGAUCCGACUGGAGCUGAAAAUGGAAUUUGUAGCAGUUCUUCACCAGCCAUGAAGAUAAGGCUUAGAAACAAACGUGCUAGGCAAAGACCUUUCUCUGUGAUAGAUGGAGCAUCUCUUGCUGGACAUUGUGAGACGACAAUCAAUCUUCAUCAACCAGCAACUUGCCGCCCACCACCACCACACCAUGUUCCACCUUUCCGAGCAGUUUCCGAUAGGAUCCGGCCUCUCCACUUGUCCCAAAGCACGCCGAUUGGACUUGAUCAGGUUGGGUGGAAAAGCCAAAUAUUAGCAGUAACAGCUAAUGAUGCAAGUAGAUUGGAGAUGACAAGAAUCCAUGAGAGCAGUACAAGUACUAAAGACUAUGGUUUCUGUCAUGAUACUGGCAGGCCUCUGAAGCAUGGUGCGGAACAGCUGCUAGUGAAUAAGCUGAUCAGUGGCGGUUAUAUUGUCAGUGCUGAGGCAGUAUGGGAUCACGUCACAAUGGCCGACCGUGAGUUGGCAUUCAAAGCAGGGGACGUUAUUAAAGUCCUCGAUGCCUCUAACAAGGAUUGGUGGUGGGGACAGAUUGAUGAUGAAGAAGGCUGGUUUCCAGCCAGUUUUGUGAGGCUUUGGGUGAAUCAGGAAGACACUGUAGAUGAAGCCAGUAGCGAGAUUCAAAAUGGACAUCUGGACCCAAACUCUGACUGCCUGUGUCUUGGCAGAAGCAUCCAGAACAGAGACCAGAUGAGAGCAAAUGUCAUCAAUGAAAUAAUGAGCACAGAACGGCACUACAUUAAGCACCUGAAGGACAUCUGUGAGGGGUACCUCAAACAAUGCAGGAAGCGCAGAGACAUGUUUAGCGAUGAACAGCUGAAAGUCAUUUUUGGAAAUAUUGAAGAUAUUUAUAGAUUUCAGAUGAGUUUUGUCAGAGAUCUGGAGAAGCAGUAUAACAAGGAAGAUCCUCAUCUGAGUGAAAUUGGACCAUGCUUCUUAGAACAUCAAGAUGGAUUUUGGAUUUAUUCAGAGUACUGUAAUAAUCAUCUAGACGCAUGCAUGGAGCUGUCUAAGCUGAUGAAGGAUGGCAGAUAUCAGCAUUUUUUUGAGGCUUGUCGUCUCCUGCAGCAAAUGAUUGACAUUGCCAUCGAUGGUUUUCUCCUCACUCCCGUGCAAAAGAUCUGCAAAUACCCACUGCAACUUGCAGAACUGCUCAAGUAUACAGCAUUGGAACAUAGUGACUAUAGAUAUGUUGCUGCAGCUUUGGCAGUCAUGAGGAAUGUGACUCAACAAAUCAAUGAACGCAAACGAAGGUUGGAAAAUAUCGACAAGAUGGCUCAGUGGCAAGCUUCAGUCCUCGAAUGGGAGGGUGACGAUGUUCUGGACAGAAGCUCUGAAUUGAUAUACUCUGGGGAAAUGAUGUGGAUUUACCAGCCUUAUGGACGGUAUCAGCAGAGGACUUUUUUCCUCUUUGACCAUCAACUGGUAAUGUGUAAAAAGGAUUUGAUACGACGGGAUAUCCUUUACUACAAAUGCAGAAUUGAUAUGGACAAGUAUGAAAUGAGUGACAUUGUCGAUGGAAGAGAUGAUGAAUUUAAUGUUAAUGCCAAGAAUGCCUUCAAACUAAAGAACAAGGAGACAGAGGAAGUGCACUUAUUCUGUGUAAAGAAGCCAGAAGAAAAACAAAGAUGGUUACGAGCACUUCAUGAAGAGAGGAGGAUGGUUCAAGAAGAUGAAAAGAUAGGGUUUGAAAUCUCGGAGUAUCAGAAGAGGCAAGCUGCAAUGACCGUAAGAAAAGUCAGCAAACAGAAAGGAGUGAACUACACAAGGUCAUUACCUCCCUCAUACCCAGCACCACCUGAUCCUCUUCAUCAGAGGAACUUCCUGCUCACUGAUGGCAUACCUCAGGGGUCAAUGUAUGAACUGACGGAGCCUAAACGCAGUCAGUCUCCCUUCUGGCAGAACUUCAGUAGGUUAACACCAUUUAAAAAGUAACAGGCCAUGUUGUUUGGGAGGAACUAGCCGGUGACAUGUCCUUGGCAGUUAACAACAAAGUGUGGACCAACAAACCAUGUUUGGAUCAUGGAUCUAGCUGAUUUAAACAUCUACUGAUACCUUUCCUGCUGAGCCUUGGUUCAAAACAACAUUUUAUCGAAUUAUUUCUUAAUGUGACUCAACUGUUCAUAAAACAUAUAAUAUAUGACAACAGAAAGUCAGAAAGGAAAACUGAAUUUCAUUGCAUUACAUCAUUUGUGAUUAUGUGAAUCUAGAUUUGCUCCUUAGUGUACUGUAUUGCAGCUGUAUACACGCAGGCACACAGACACAGAUACAAAUGCAGAUAGACACAGACAGACAGGAACAUACAGUUUCACACACGUUCAUAUACACGCAUCUUGCUUCGGUUGUUCUAAAAGCUUAUUACAUAUAUACUGAGUGUGACUGUUUUGUUGCUUGAUCAGUUUUACAUAAAAUACUUACAGAUAUUUUAAUGAAUAAUUAUCAUAAACAUGCUUUUGAUGAUUUAAUAUAUAACCAUGUGCUGAUAUGAUAUGUUGUACUGAAUGAACAGUUCAAACUCUGUUUAAAGAACUUCGGAAUAACUCACACCAUUUCUACUAGUAUCAAUGGAGUAUGUAAUUAUUCAGAAAGUAAGAGUUAAUUGACAGGGCCAAUCCUUUGCCAUCAUUGUCCUUAGUUGGUUUAGAAGCCAACUGACUUUGACAGUACAACAAAAUCUUUCAACAGAAUGGAUAUAUAACUAUAACCUUUUGACCAGAGAAUCAAUUGCUUAAUAUAAUUGACAUUCUUUGUUAUGUUUUGGUCCAAGUCUGUUGCAGUGUUACACUUAACAGUUAAUAAGGCUUAAUAACUAAUCAAGUUGUAUUUUAACCCUUUAAAAUUAAGUUGAAAGGCAUAAUAUACCACCAACAGUUAUUUGUUGUUAUCAGUUAAUAUGUACUUCACCUUAUGCAUCUUUGGACAUUUACUAAUCCUUCCACAGGAAUAGCAGUAAUCAUCUGAUCCCAUGUGGUUUCUCUACAAUAUCUUUGGACUACUUUAGCUGAAAUGUUUGCAAUUCAUUAGAGUUCUGUGGAUUGAACAGUGCACAACAUAGAUUGUAAACUAGGUUAUGGAGGAACCAUUGCAAAUUAAGGAAUUAAGUUAUCUUUAACUAUUGUUCUACAAAAAUGUUUCGUGCCACUAGUGAUGUAAACAUUUGUUUUGUGAUGUGCUAAAAUUUCACUAUUUUGCAUUUCCAAUGCAUACAAUGAAAUCAUACAUGAUAUAAAAUGAUAAACUAGCCAAUCUUUUGAAAUGGACAUUUUUAUAGAACUACAGAGCUACUUUUCCAAUAACCAUAGCUAGAUAUUAUUUUCUAACAAUCUAAAUAAUUAAAUAUUUAUUAAAUUAGUGCCAAAAAUGUAGAAGCAAAUUCAACAAAGAUGAAAUUUGUUCGUAUAUGAUUAUGUACACGGGCACUUAGAUGCCAGCUGACAGAUUGUUUGUUCUGUGCUGUUCCUAAUUAAAGGCUGUUGGUGCCCUUAACAAAGGCAGUUAGCAAAAGUCCUGGUUAAUCUAAAAUGUUUUUUCUCAUACUAAAGUUAUAGGCCACCAGGAAUAUGUUAUUACUAUCCAUUUAGAGAGUUUAGUGGCUUGCUUUUUUUCAUCUAUAUUGAAUUAUUUAAUUUCAUUGUAAUAGCUGUGGCCUCUGUCUGACCAUAUUCAAGCUCUUUGCUCAGGUAACUUCUUGCAUGAUGUGCCAUAUAAAGUAGUGAUUGACUGGUACAUAGUUCUACAAGUCUGGUUUCCUGGUUUCUUCAGCAUCUGCCUCUACUGGUAAGAGUAACAAGCAGUGCCAACUUGUCAGUUGGAUCAAAUAUGCAUUGCAUUUAGUGAUUGACAAUGUAAAACACACCAGCAUCAUAUGUAACUCAUAUGAAGAAUGAGGCCCGUGUACCCAUUCUGGGUAAUUUGAGGCUCUCCAGAGCUAAUCAAUGAAAUUUUUGUAGAGUACACUGUCUAGUGACUGUAUCGGUUGACCAAAAUAAUGCUCGUGGCAUCUUACUAAUUGACCAAGAAUAUUGAACAGGAAGUUUCUCAGGGGAAUAUUGAUCAAAACAAAAGUUAAGUUUGGAUAAAUACAUGGAUGGGAGGGUAAUGGAGGUCCAUGGUCCAGGUGCAGGUAGAUGGGACUAGGCAGAAUGGAAUAGAUAGGUCAAAGAGCCUGUUUCUGUCUUGUUGUCCUCUAUGACUCUGACUAAUAAUGCCAGUUUAUGCUCUUUACAGUAAGUAAUUAAAGGGUCGAGAAUGCCAGCUAGACCAAAAAGGUUCUCCAUUUUAGGUCUUGACUGACUAUAGUACCCUCCUCCAAUAUGUGGCCCGACUCAGAGAUUUCAGUUUCAGACUGGAAUGACUGUGUGAGCAGACAGAAAUGCAAUGUGGUCCAUGAUCCCACUAGUUUCACACAAUAGAGGGGCAGGAGAAUGGAGUCCACUGAAUCAACGACCACUCUGAAAGCAAAAUGACUAUCUGUAGAAGGGAAGAAAAUUAAUGGAUGGGGAGAGGGUACCACAAAUAUAUUUCUGGGUAUCAUUAAGCUAGCUUUAGCUAUUUUGCUAAAUGCAUUCACCUCUCUAUGACGGAGGAACAAGAAGUACAUCUUGCCCUCAUGUCAUGGAGUACAUUUGAGGUUUAGUGUGUGAAAUAAUGAUCUAAUACAAUACUAUGCUGUAGAGACAGGGUGCUAGGAAUGAUUCUUAGUCUGUGCCGAAUGAUUUAAUCUUGGUAAAAAGAUGGAAUCCUGAGAACUGAUUUCAACAGCCAUGGACUAAAGAGACAAUAAUAAAAAGUCUAGCAUUCCCAUUUCCAAUCACUGUCUGGUUAGGUGCACAUAGACAGUGAUUUGGGAAGGGCAGACUGAUUUGCAGACACUAGUGUCUAUUCUGAGAUAUGCAGAAUGGCUUUUUUAGAAAGGUUCUGGUACAUUGCUAACAGAUACCGAAAUAAAGACUAUCAACAAGAUUAUAAGAAACAAAGAUGAAUAUUUUUUCAUUAAUGAGGACUUUGAUUUUUGACUGAAUACGAAAUUAAAUGACAUUGCAGUGUCUGUAUCUUGCAAUUGUACCUCCCCACAAGUGUUACUAUCCAACAGAAAUGAGUAUUUGUGAGGUUAACUAAAAAUCAGAUGUUUUAUAUCUUGGAUUACAUUGUUGCAGGGUGGAGUGUUCAAUGCUUAGAAGCAUUGUUAAUGAUGUCAGGACUAAUUGCGUUAUUGUACUAGUCACUCACUAAUACCCCUCUAUUUUGCUUUAUUGCAAAAACUCAACGAGGUAAGUUUAUACCACAAAAUUGGGUGGCAGCAGCUAUUGGUUUUGAAUCGCACCCUUCAAUCACACAUGUAAGUGUAUGCAAAUCCUAAUGCUCUGCACAAUUUUCAACUAUGGAAGCAAAUGUAUACAUAUAUUGGUCUUUGUACCUUGCUUCCAUAAUUUUAUUUGGCAUUAUUACAUAGUCUAUGUAAUGAGAAUUGUAAAGUUUAUUCCAAUGAACUCCUACUUGUGAAGUGUCUCAACCUUUCAGUUCACAUGAAGCUAAAUUGGGCUGCUCAUUUCUGUUUGUAAAUUUACGAUUUCUUAUGUGAAAUGUUUCCUUAUUGAAGACAAUUACAAUCUCAAUAUGGCAGUGUGGCACUAUUUAAAGUUAACUCUUAAUGCACAUUAAGGUAAACAUAGUCCGUGCAAUAAUGCUGAGCCUUAAGGAAUUAGGUUUGGAUGGGUUGGGUAUUCAAAAUCAGCAUUUAAAGAAAUGUGAGAAGAGUUGCUUUUCUACAGUUGAGAAACUCAAGCAGAGAUAUAAUCAUUAAAUAGAUAUUUGAUUUGUGACUAAAGCCAAGACACAAACGAAUGCUGCUAGCAAGAGACAGGAACAUUUUUAAAAAAUCCAUGCAAUGUAGAUGUGAAUUAUUGCAUCAAGAAAAGUUGAUGCUUCAGUUAUGAACUCUAGUCCUUGUAGUUACAAAGUUUUAAGCAUUGGAUUUGUAAAUGACAUAGAACUAUUCAAGUGUUUUAAUGGGAGAUGUUCUGAGUCAAAUUCUUCUCCUUGCACUGGCAUUUAAAGUCAUACCAACUGCAAUGUUCAAUUACAAUGUUAUAAAAUAUUGUCUUGACAGCCUCUACUGUAUUCAUAAGAAAGAAAUAGGACUUGCAUGUUAUUGAUGUGCAAGGCAACAUUUGUUUUCUGCAAAAUACAAAUGUGGUUCUCAGUGCCAGACUGCAACAUGCCAUGGAACAGGUGCUCAACUGAAUGAUUAGAUAGUCUUGUUAAAGCCAGUAGCGUGACACUCAUUAGUUGAAAAAGUCUUUCAGUAAGCAUUUUGAUUUAGUUUCAGGUUGUAGAAUAGCAGAAUUUUGCUCAGAAUGUCAUUUUUAAAGAUGUAGAUAGAUAUUAGUUGUAACAGGAUUAUUUCGUGGACUCACACUGUUUAUGUUACAAAAUUACUGUUUGAAUUUUAAAAAAAUAACGCAUGCAUGAUGCCUUUGGAAGUAAUGCAUGAUGUCACUGUUGUUUUUGCAACACAUGAUCAUUUUUUUUGUAAUUUAUUUUUAUUGAAGUUCAUCAUCAAACAAAUAUUUCCAUAAGAUGUAUUUCAGAUACUGUACAUAUAUAUAUAUCAUAUAAUCAUAUUUGUCACAAAUCUCCACAUAAUAUUUAUCUGAGGUAUACACUUAUAGAAAGGAGAGGAAAGAAAGAACAAUCAAAAGAAGAAAACUAUGUACAAAGUAGGGAGUGAUCAUUUUUUUACAACAUAUUCAUUGACUUGUGAGAAUAAAAUCAGGCCUAUGAGGUGUUAUGUAGUUAAACCAUUUUAGGGAAUGAUCCACCACCAGUUAAUAAAAUGUAAGUGCAAAUCCUGACCACUUGUUACAAGCAAACCCAUAGCAUGAUAAAAGAACUAAUGAAACAUGAAAAUGUUAGAUUCCGGUUGCUAGUGACUUAGAUAAGCUUGUGACUCCUAAGUGAAUCCUUCAGCAGACUGGAGCUUGGAUAUGCAAUUCCUAGAUGGAAAUAGCUAGUAUUCUAAGAGAAGGGAUCAUUAAUGAGUAUUGUCAGUUUUUAGAAAUGGAUAGUUACAAUUGAACACACAUUCAUGGAAAUAGCCCUCUGCUGAAUAAGGGUUCAUUCCUGUGUUAGUCACGGGGAUAGAAUGGAAGAGGGAUAGCCCCAAGAUACACACAUUUAUCUCCAGCUCCUAUUGUGAGUAUGAUAGUAUUCUUUAGUUUACUUAAACUUCUGCCAGUGAUUCCUUCAAGUAAAGAAAUGCAGAUCAUUAUCAUGUGUUCAUAUGGCUCGGGACAGACUUUGACUUUUUUGUCUUGUUAAUUAUAAAAAUAUUAUACUGGCAAUGAGUUGAAGGACAAAAUUUAGAUCCCUGCAUGUCAUUUGAACGUAAUUCUGUGGAAAGCUGAAAGCUUAUUGAUUUGAGAGUCAAAUCUGAAUGUUCACUGGCGCAGAAUAUAGUUGAAGGAUCAUGAAUUUUAAAAAAAGAUAGUUAAAGGAUAUGUCUAUAGCUCAUUCACUUUAAGUACCCCCCACUAUAUCUGAAACUUAAAAGCAAGUAGCUUUUAUUUGCUUAAAGCUAAAUCAGCAUACAAUCAAAUAGUACACAUUUACAUUGAAUUUUAAAGUUUGUCCAAUUAAUAUUUUAAUUAUCAAUCAGUUAAAAUCAAUCCAUUUGAGUUUAGCAAUAAAUAUGUUCACAAAGUAUUCCUUUGUAUGCCAUUUCAUGAAAUUUAUCCCACAGUUAAAGCAGCGAUCGUAUUGUAUGUAUGUAUUAAUAAAACUUCAUAAUUUAGUUUCAGUAUAUUACAACUGUCAUAGUUGGCAGAUAUAUUACUUAUAAAUAAUUGUAUUUUCUCCAUAAUUACCUAAAUGUGUAUAUCUGUAUUCUUUAUACUCUAAUACCUUUUUUAACAAAAUUAUAUUUUCUCUAUACCAGAGUUAUAAAAUGUUAUUAUGAGAAAUGUGGAGAAUGAAAUGAUUAGUUAUAAUAAUUAAUUACUGUAUAUUACAUAGUUUACAGAGAUACUGCUAUGUGAUGAUGCCAAGUGGAUUGCUUGGCUGUAAUAUUAGAAAUUAUUUCUCCAAUCCCUCAGUAACUACACCCACCAACAAAAAAAAUCUGAACUUGAUGAUGAAACAAUUUCUACAAUUUUCAGCUUUUAGGGAAACCUGCAACUUAGUUAAAAACUGUACAAAGUGAUUAUGUUAAUCAGGGACAGGGCAGAGUAAUGGAAAGGUUUAGACCCUUCAUACGUUACCCUUUUUUUUUAUCAAAUUGGUCAGUUCUUGUAGAAUCGAGAUUUCUUCUGUCUGUUGGCUGUAAAAGUUCUACAUGAAAUUAAUUUAUGAAUCUUUGGUCCACUUCCAACAUAGGCAAAACGCUAUCCCUAAACAGCACAAAAAUAUUGGCAUUGAGAAAUGUAAAUUUGUUAUUACACAGUAGAGGUUGUUUGGAACUGUGGCAUUUUGUCAGGCAAAUAAGAGAGCUUUAUCCUGCAACUAACCGGUUACAAAUGGUCAGAGAAUUAUUGAUGCUGUGUAUAGACAUGCCAAAUUAGAUUAUAAAUCUAUAGAUUAUUUAAUAUUUCUAAUUCUCUGGCAUGAUUUUAACAGUGAGGUUCUGUUGAAUAGUUUAAGGAGUCACAUGUUGGAAUGAGGCAAAGUAAAUUGUAACAAUUAAGUCUUAAUAAAGAUAUUAUCAAAUGUCCAGAAGUGAACAUGAUGGGAAAAUUAGCUGGCAUUUAACUGUUUGCCUACACUUUGAUUAAAAAUUGAAGAUGGGUUCUUCAUCAAAAGCAAGCAGGUGUUGGGGGUUGGGAUGGUUUUCUAGAAUAGGGAGUGCCUGACCACUUCUAUUGUGAACCAAAGGAAUACUAUUUAGAUCCCUGAAGCUACAGUAAAGUUUAGAUAAAACAUAGAACAUAGACUAGUACAGCAUAGUACAGGUCCUUCUGCCCAUGAUGUUGUGCCAGACUUUUUACUUAGUCCAAGAUCAAUUUAGCUAUUCCCUCCGUUUUUCUUUCACCAGUGUGUCUAUCUAAAAGUCUCUUAAAUAUCCCUAAUGUAUCUGCCUCUACUACUACACCUUGAUGGUGUUCCAUUCACCCACUGCUCUCUGUGUUUUAAAAAAACCUACCUCUGACAUCCCCCUUAUCAUCUUAAAAUUAUACUUACUUAUAUGAACCAUUUCCGCCUGGGAAGAAGUUGCUGGCUAUCCAUUCUUGCCUCUUAUCAUCUUUUACAGCUCCAUCAAGUCACCUUUCAUUCUCCUUCAGUCCAAAGAAAAAAAAAUCUAGAUCACUUAACCUCUCCUCAUAAGACAAGCUCUCUAAUCCUGGCAGCAUCCUGGUAAAUCUCCUCUGCACCCUCUCUAAAGCAUUCUUCCUAUAAUGAGGCAACCAGAACUGAACACAAUACUCCAAGUGUGGUCUAACCUGAGUUUUAUAGAGCUGCAACUGCAUAAAACUUUAGAUGGUUUAGAUAGUCUUUUAUACUUUUGAUCCAUUUUUGACAGGACUACAAAGUACAGCCAGAACUCAAAUUGAAGCUGAGACCUGACAUUACCAAAUUUUAUUCUGCCCAUUUUGGAAACUAUGGAGCCUUGCUUGUGUCUAGAAGUGCAAUAAAAGUCAGCAACAGUGAGCUCAGUAUUGAACGUAGAUGAAUACAUUGCUACUUCAUUUUUACUCCUUUCUCAUUCAAUUUUACUGAGUAGGAACAGUUAAAAUUUCCUAUCAUAAAAGAUUUUAGUACUGACUUGCUCAAAUAAUGGUAGGGUUAAAUACAAGAGGAUUGUAAUUGUACAUUUUACGCAAUCAGCAUUAAAAAUUACUAUAUAGAAGCUUAAAUAAUUUUAUUAAUUGUAUUACCAGACCUUUGUUGUAACCUUUGUGUUCAAAAUUCAUAAUUGGAAAUAACUUACUGAACUUUUAGGCACAGAGGAAGAAAGGGUGACAAAUUGAAUAAUUCCAAAUAUUAGUGAGUGAUGGAUGUUCAGAUAAUAAUAUUGUUCGGCCCCGCAUAAUUUGUUCUCGAUAUGAAUCCUGACUCUGGUUAACUUUUGGCAGUGAUGAGACUGUUUCCAUGAUUAUAAUAUUGGUAUGAGUCAAGGUAAACUCACAUCAUUGCACUAGUUGCAAGUUUAGGUUGAAUACUUUAAAAAAAAUCAGGUGCAAGGACAAAUUAAACACAUUAAACACUUAAUGCAUCAUCAAAUUCUGUCUGACUCAGAAGUUGUCUCAAGAGAUUGCAAUGCAAAUAUAUAUCUAGCUAAGCUCAUAACUGCAUUAAUAACAAUGAAAAACCACUUUAAGGAUUUAUGAAAUUCAACAAAUUUUCACUGUAGAUAUAGAAGUUAAAUAUCUUAUUUUUCUUGUCCAUCCUAAUCCAAAGAAUCAAGUCACAAACCUUCAAGGUACUCAGUCUACUAUGAAAUAGCAUAGUUUUAACAAGACAAAAAUAUUAAGGGGAAAUAUAAUUUUGUCACUUCAUGCUGAUUGUCAAUGAUGUCUUCUGUGAUUUUAGUUGGAAGUGAACAACAGAUGGCUUCUAUAGAAAUGGGUUUCUUCCUGUAUUGAUAUUAAGUGCUAUGACUUGCCUGGAGUGGUAUAAUUCAUUUUUAUCAAUGAAAGAAAAUUCUGAGUUGUGUUAAAACUAAUGUACUCACUGUGGUGAUGCUCAAGUUGAUUGUCCUAGUAAAGUUCCUUCAUCUGAAUACCACUCUCAAGAUUUAGCAUACAGUGUGUGUUAAUGUUUUUAUAAUGCAUUGUUCUCUCUAAGAAGGUUAAGCAUUUGCUGGAAAGCAGAAUAAGAUACUUCUUGGCAAAAGGGAAAUAUACUUGUAUUUUAUGUUAUGUAGAUGGCAAAUUACAGUAUUUACCAGACCUGUGGGUAAAAAGAUCAUAAAUCAAUGAAGAUAAACAUCUAAGAAUGACAAAAAUUAAUCUCAUCCUUCUGAUGCUUUAGCAGUUUCUUAGGACAUUUCUUAUCUCAAGUUUUUUUUUACAGUUUGAGUAGCCUCCGACAUUUCCCAAACUAAAUGCAUAUGCUUUAAAAAAAUACUAGUUGACAUGUAAGAACUGAUUUCCUAGGGUAGUGCUGCUGUUGUCUUCUGUGAUAAAGGCCAUUAAGAAAUCAUGGGUGCACUGCCUGCAAUUUUCUGAUGUUUGCAACUAGUAGCUGUGCCACCUUUCUCCCACUUGCCUGACACGACCACACUGCAACUGCUGUCUAAAUGAACUCUAGACAGAUCCUCUCCCAUUCUGUAUAGUUCCAAAUAAAUGUAAGCUUGGUGCUGUAAUGUUAGAAAAGAAAAAAAAUGUUCUUUCUAUUUUGUUUAUCAAAUUUAGACAUAAGAAUUUUGUAACUUUUGUGAAUGUUUGUCAAUGUUGUUCUACAUACAUUAAAACCGUCUUGGAAUUAAAAAAAAAGGUAUCAGCUGAUUUCCAAAGGUUAUUUUUUUUCUUCAAGCUUUGUCAGCACAAAGGAGACCAUUUGUCAUUUGUGUGAAACUGUGUUGAGCAUACCCAACUCUUCGUCAAACCAUUUAUAUUUUAAACAAUUAUAAUUAUGUCCACAAUGGAAUCCAUGGUCAUCUGUAAAUCUGAAUGCAAUGUUAGGCUAGGCAGCUGCAAAAUGGUUUGAAAAUAUUAGCGUUAUCAUCUUUUGAAGCUGAAAAUAUAAAAUAUCCAAUUUUGAUUUCUUUGCAUAAAUAUUGCUUUUAAAAUUUAAAAUUUAAUGUUUUGAAAUGAAUGAUGUGGUCAAAUUCUCAUUUUUCAUAAUGGUUUAUAUAAACUCUUCUGUCAUUAGUUUCAAGUUUGUAACUGGGAGCUCCCUCAAGUACGAAAUAGUAGCCAUCACCGAAGUAUAUUGAGCAGAAGAUUCUAGCUCUGUGAUGGAUAAUUUUUGGGGGUUCACUGUGUUAUUGACCCUGCAGAAAAGCAUGUACAGUAUAUGUGCAUAAAUGUACUUGCACAUAGAUAUUGAAUGAGGUCAAUUUUGAUCAUGGCUUCAAUAAUUCCUGAAGGUGAAACCCUUAUACAUUGUCAUGAACUAUACCAGAAGGCAUGAAAUAUUAUGCAAUAAGGGGCAAGCUCGUAAGGAAAAUAAGAAUAUAGAGGAAAACCAGGAAUUGAUAUUUUCACUUUCUGAGACUGUGGGACAGACUGGAUUAGACAUUGAAAACUUCAGGUACUUUCACGUCAGUAAAACGACUAAAGAAUCGGAAUCUGUUUUAACCAGUUCAAAUGAUAAUUUGGCCAUUUCAAGACGGUGAGGAGAAAAACACACUAAACUAUAUAAUGUAGUUUGUGUGUAUUAAUAAAAAUAUGUUGAGUAUGUGCCAGAUGAAGGAGUGUAGAAUUAGAGUCAAAAUUCCUUUAAAUCAAAUAUUGUUUUUAAAUGUAAUAAGGGAUAUUUGACAGCAUUCUGUGAAAUAAUUAUCAGCCUCCCAGUAUCUUUCCAUCUGAUAUAACUUGGUUUAUGUUUUGCAAUAUUGCUGCUUACUCGCUUUUCAGCAUUUUUAUGAAUGGCCUUGGGUGCUUCCUCAGCAUUUACUUUUCUGUGUAAAUAGGUAAUGACCUUUCUUUCACUGCUCUCUCGGAUUUAGGAAUUUUAAUUUCCAUUUUUAUUUUAAGGCCCUGUGUAUGUAUAUUAUAAUGUUUGUGGCUGAAUAAUAUUUUGUUAUAGUUUUGUACCUGUAUUGAAAUCACACAAUGUACACAAUAAAUGCUUUCAGCUA